AAUAGCGAGCUGCUGGUCCUGCACAAUAUAGCAGUAGUUCAAUAUGCCUCAGACAUGUAAUCAGCUACCUGCAAACGCCAAACAGGCAAUUCCUCACUUGGUGAGCGUUAUAACAGCGCGAGCAUUACCUCGCUCCGGCCACUGCCAGGUCGCCUUUCCUGGCCAGAUGGCACAUCUUGGUGGACGGAGGGUCCUGCGUGCUGCCCCCAAACUCUGUCGUCCGCUUCAUGCCAUCCUAGAUACAGAGAGAAAAUUAAGGUUGGACAAAUAUUUCGAAGUGGAGAUGACUGUACGUGAUAGUGAUCUUGACAAAUAUGGAGUUGUCAAUAAUGCCAUCUAUGCUAGUUACAUCGAUAAAGGCCGAGAAAUGCUGCUUGCGGGCCUUGGUUUCAGCACAGAUUCGCUAGCAUCCAGGGGCUGUGCUUUGGCAACGUCAGAGUUAAACCUCAAGUAUUUUGCACCUCUGAAGGAUAAAGACAAGUUUGUGGUAAUGAUGAGGCCAGUCGAAAUCAAGGGCGUACGGAUAUUUGCAGAGUAUUUUAUAGAAACGCUGCCAAAUCGUAAUGUAGUUUUAAAAGCGGUGGGCAGCUUCGUUUGCCUCAACAAAGACUACCGUCCAACUCGUGUGUUCCCGGAGUUGUCAACCAAGCUGCUGCAGUUCUUCGCAUCGGACGAUGACAAGCUCAAUUAGCUUUAUAGUUGUCUACUCGUGGGACCUCGUGUAAUAAUAUAAUAAAGAUCUAUUCCUACAUAAGCCGUCACGGGCACUUGGCUGAACCUAAAGAAAUUGUCUGUAGUUUUAAUUCGGAUCACACUGUCGUAGAUGUAUCUACGUGACUCUGAAUAUGAUUUAUGAGUCCUCCUACAAGUCUGAAAAAAUAGGCAAAAUUAUAGGCCACUGUGAACACAGAAAGAUAACGGUAAAGAUAAGAGAAGCGACUGUGCCUCGUCCCUAUUCCUUGUUUCAA